UUACAUAGGAGCUAUUUAAAAAAUUCUGCGCGAUGGAUCCCAGUAUUCUCGCAGCCAUGGACAAAGAGGCACUGAAAAAGCAGAUUGAAAACAUGAAGUACCAGGCCUCCAUGGAACGCUGGCCGCUAUCGAAAAGCAUUGCAGCGAUGAGAGAAUACGUAGAGGAAAACGAGAAGAAUGAUCCUCUCAUACAUGCCCCUGACAAGAAAAACAACCCUUGGGCUGAAAAAGGAAAAUGCAUCAUCAUGUAAUCGUGUAAUCUAAGUAAAAAAUAAAAAUAUCACCAAAAAAUUCUAAAAGACAUACGUUUUGGCACGAGUAAUUAGCUGGUCUGGUCCAACCAUCGACUUAUUGCUGGUAAUGGGAAAUAAUAUUAAACAGGAGAAAUUGAAGGUUUCCGAUUGAUAUCGAGUAAAUGCAACUGCCAGACAAUAUGAAGAAUCAAAAAUAGUACCAUAGUAACAAGUCCACCGGACGUACGAAGUACGCCGCGCCAAAACUGUAGAAUCGUAAUCCGACGUUUUCAGUACACGGUUUUUGUUCCCCAAUUAAAUCUAGUCCUCGUAACGCUAAUAUUGUAAAGGGUGUACAUUUAGACUGUGCGCGAAGCAAGUAUGUACUUAUGAAUGUUUUGUUAAAAGAUUUAAAAAAAAUGGUUGUAAAUACGUUAAAUUUUGUAUUUCUAGUAAAGUAACGUUCGGUCGAAUCUAUCGGUAGAGGAUAAAAAUGAAAAGUAAAUGUUGGACGAGUAAAAAUUGUAAAUUUAAACUUAAAAACGUAUGUUCAUACCGACGUAUUUUACUUUCGUGUUAAAUGUGAUUAUAAUUUAAUUAUAAGAGCACUUCUUAUAAAUGGUCAAAAUGAAAGCGAACGAUUUGCGGAAUCCUAGUAUUUCCACGCAAAGCAAAGCAACUUCCUCUUAGAAAUUUGCGUGGAUCCGCUUUGGAUUCUGAUUUUAACCGACCGAAGUAUGCUGAACUUUCUCCUGCUUCGGUUAGUUUUAUAACUAACAAAUUUUCCAAUUCCUUAAAUAAGAACAAAAACUUUGACAUCGCGAUUUAGUUGAUAAAAUACGAUAUUUAAAUGUGAAGAUUCAUUGAGCUCGUGAAUCUUGAUAUUUAAAUUAUUAUGUAAUAUUUAAUAAAGAUAAUUAAAAAUAUAGGGUAAUAUCGCACAUCACAACUUAACAUCUAUUUGCUGGAUCACAGAAAUAAGGCUAAACUAUCAGAUAUUAUAAUUAGCUAUUGGCAAUAAAUGAAUCGUAGACGAUGAAUUAAAACGAAAUGUUAAACGUAGCGCAUUGAAAAAUUAAUAUUAAGGUAACUAUCAUGGAUUAAAAGCAACAUAAUCUCGUUCGAAAACUAAAGAUAAGUUGAUUUAGGAUAAUUUUUUAUAAAAUCAGGUACGUUCCGCGGUGCCAUUAUCUUGUAAUGCUUCUAUAAAAAUAAAUCUUAGCGUCUUAUCUUCUACGCUCCUCAUUAUAUCUUAUUAUAUAAGUUAAUUAAUUAUAAAUUCCUUCUUUAAAAACUCCUUUAGUAUUAUAGCUGUUUUAUUUACAUAUGUAUUUAUAUAAAUCAUUGUCCCUUCCCUGACAUUUAAAAUUUAGAUAAAUAAAUCUAUUGACUACAAUUUUAAAUCUAGCACUUGGAUAGCUUAGUAAUAAUUCAAAAUUUAAAAUGAAUUAAACUUUACCUUUCAUGAAAAUUACUCACUAACGCGUCUAUCGUAGUUACCAAAGUAAACUUCUUCUAAAUUAUAUCUAAGAUUAUUGGAUUUGAAACGCUAUUAAGAAUCUUUGUGAUUAAAACUCUCAUCUUCGUCGUUUCGGAGAUAUUGCAAUUAAUCAUGAAGUAUUUUAGCAAAAUUAAUCUCAUGUAGUGCUAUUAAUCUAUCAUUCCAUUAAAAAAAGGAUUGCAUCUAAUCCUAAUUUUGAUUAAAUAGAAAACUUAAACUAAAGCACUGUAGUUAUUUAUAGAUUAAAAUUUAAACUAAAAUUUAAACUAAAACUUAUUAAAAAAAAAUCCCUUUCUCCUUACCAUAUCUAGACAUGAACUAUGAUAAAUCAUUCUGGCUGUGAGUACUUCCCAUUUAUUUAGAUGCUUGUCAUUGUCGUUUAUCCGAAAAAAUGUUGCUAAUACCGACAAUAAAGUUUAAAUCACGUAUUAACUUCUUGACUUCCAUAACCAGUGCAUAGAAGUUCAUUUCGAUUUCAUAAUAUCCUUCCUAAUGAUCACUAUCAACGUAUAUCGCUUCAUCUCUUUUCAACUUAUCUGAACCAUAUCUUUCAUCUCUCUUUUCAUUUAUAAGUUCCAUUAAAACUGUCCUCUCUUAGUCAAGAAUAGUUUUUAAAAUAGGAAAUUAGAGCGUAAUUCGUAGUUCUAGUGAUAAAUUAAAAGGAAAAAUCAAUCAAAAAGUUGUUUGUUAACUUAUACGAUAAAAUUUGCAAUUCAGAGAAUUAGCCGUAGUUAUAAUAAAUUAAAAAUGUAACGAGUUUAUUUAAAAUGUUCUAGAUAAUAAAUAUAAGGAAUCCCAUAUGAUAUUACGCGACGACAAAGUUUUUUGUUCGAACAUAUUCUGAAUGAAAUCCUCCUCGUUCGGACCAUUUAUAAGAUGAUUGCUUAUAUAUUAUUUGUUGAGUGUAUCGUUUUUAAUCUAUAAAUCAUUUUAUUUACUAAGUUUUUUUUUUGUUAACCUUGAUUGUAAACCAAAGAUUUUUUUCAUUAAUAUCAGACGAGUAUGUCACUCGUCUAACUUUUAAAUGGGUAUUAAAUACACAGUUAGAUUUGUUUCAGAUUGUAUCUUCAACAAGGACUUUCUAUUUAAUAUUCAUGUUUAAUUUAAGCUAAUAAUUAACUUAAUUGGUACUUUUUAACGGAUUAAUCAAAAAUUUAAUAACUAGAUAAGAUAGUAUUGGAAAUGAUUUUUUUAGAAUCAAUAGGUUAAGGCUAUUAUAUGUUACUAUAUUAAUAUGUAAUCAGUAAUCACUGAAAUAAAUCAAAAUCGAUAA